CGGGUAGUGUUUUCCGUGUCCUGACCACCAACAAUCGAUGGCCGGCCAUGGCGCUGUGGCUUCUGGCACUCUUCCUUGGGGCCGACGCGGUGACCUUCGCCGACUUGGAGAGCGUCACGUUGGGUCCCUCCUUGGCCGAGAGCUUCAAGGUGAGCUUGGUCAGGCCCGAGGGCGAGCCACCCAACUCGGGGCAGAAGACGUUGGUGCAGCAGUCGAGUCUGCAACUGCUCAGCGACGACGAGAUCAAGACCUUAGAGGAUUAUGAUGCCAUCUUCGAAAAGUACUCGAUGUUUUGCAAUGGAAGGUGGCUGGGGGUACAAGUUCUUCAAGACUCUCAAGACCUCAUGUAUUUGCAACACAUCGUGUACAUGAAGAAGCCAGAUGUCAUCAUUGAGACAGGAACCUACAAGGGCGGUCUCACCUAUUUCUUUGCCACCAUCUUGGAUUGGAUCCAACGCGAGGGUGGCCCAUCAGGCCAGGUGGUCUCAGUGGAUCGUCACCACCCAGACCUGGUCUUUGCUGCCAACUGGUUCUGCCCGCCUUGCGCAGACUGCCUGCGGUCUUACCAGACCCCUGUUUGGGAGAGGAAGGUCCGCUUCAUUCAGGGCCUGGCAGACGAUCAGGAGACCUUCCAAGAGGUCAUUGCCCACCUUCAUGACCUGGGCUCUUUGACGCCAUUGCAGGACCAGGACGUGCCUUUCCGAAUGAAUGAGUCCCAAACCAUCGUGGUCAAUCUUGAUGCGAACCACGAGUUCCAGGGAUUGAUGAAGGAGUUGAUAUAUUAUGCGCCCUUCGUUACCUUGAACUCUUACCUUAUUGUCCAAGACGCGAAACUGGACAAGAUCUGGGGCACUGCCGGCCCCACUGCUGCGUUGAAUGCCUUUCUGCAGAUGUCACCUGAGGGUGAGUUUGUGGCCCCUUGGGAGAAGUUCCAUGGCUACUCGCAGCACAUCUAUUUGAGACGAGCCCAAGUGACGGUGCCACACUCCUACUUCAUGCAAGCGGCCUUCCACGCCAUGAAGUCCUGACCUCCACCGCACCCAGCCGGCUGGUCGAGCGGUCAGACGCGGAGCUUGCUGGGGACGUGAGAGUGUAAAAAGAGCUCCGUGAACCGCCGAUGCACAUGUGCUUCAUGUGCGGA